GCACGGCUAUCACCACGGCACAACACGCGCCCAAAAGUACCGCACUUUCCUCAGAUGGGGCCAUGACCACACAAGCCGCCAGUAGGACCACCAGCGACCCAAACUCAGUCACAGGUAACCCUAACAGACGCACACGGUACACGCCACGCACAGUAAGGCGUGCAUCUAACCCGCCGCCAAGCAAAACGUAUACGACUUUGGCCUCGGCAGAAGCCCAGCAGCAGCACACAGCGGUGCCUGAGCGGCAGUACGUCCCGCGUGAUCAGCGGGGAGUGGACCGUGAGCGGGACCACCGCGACAUGCACCGCACAGCGUAUAACAAGUCGCCAGACUCUGCGGGUCGGCAGAGUUCUGUGGAGCGAGAUAGAGAUGGCGACGGCUAUGCUGCGCCGAGACGAGUGGCGCGAGGGUAUGAGGACGGUGCUAGUACGGGGACUAGACAACCGAGUAGCCGACACGCGGGAGAGCGUGGCAUGCGGGACUCGCAGGUGUCAAUUAAACAGAGCGAAUGGGCGACCAGUAGACAGACGGACAGGGCACCCCCUGUGCGGGUGGGUAGCAGACAGGCGGACCGGGAGAGAGGCAGUGGGCACGAACAGAGCGAGGGCAGGGUGUGUAGUAGACAAAUACAGAGGAAUGAGCGGAGCGCCAGCCGGCAGGAGAGGGACACGUCCGAGCGAGACCGGUCCAGCCACCGAAUUUCGAGUGCACGCGCACCUCUGGCGGAAGGGAAGGACGAUACGACCACACAGAACACGCGAGAGCGAGAGCGGUACGAAGCGUACUACAACAAGGACGGCUCGCGCACACCCAAGGCCCUGCGGCGGAAGAAGAGCACCUCUCAGUGUACUGCGAUGGGGACGAUAACCGAUGAACCAGAGGCGCCCAGAGGCUUGCGGGAGAUCACCGACCGGAGCGCGAUCCGACGAAGCAACUCGCGUAACCGGCGCAGCGCCAGUCCCGGGCGGGUGGGUGUGAAUGGGACGAAAGCCUCGCAGGAGAUGCGGGCGAGUGACGGUAGGGCGAGUGACGGUAGGGAUAUCAGUAGGCAGGAAAGCAGGGUGACCGUGUCACGCCAGGCGGAGUCCCGUCAGAGUGUAUCUCGCCAGACGGAGAGAGGGCGUGAGAGUAAGGCAUCGGAGGAGUCUUACAGGAACGGACGUAGGCGCGAGAGCUCAACG